GCACCCUUCCGUACUCUAACUUUUCCAACUCCCGUCUUCAACCCUAUCCAUUUCCUCUCUGAACUUUUUAUCUUCUUCCAUUUUCAUUGCAGAGCUUCAACAUUCCUGUUGAAUGGACCAUUGUCUCUCUCUCCAUAAAUCCUUCCCUCUCAUAUCUCUUCCCUCUUCUUCUUCUUCUCCCAAAUUCAAACCCUAUCUUUCUUCCUUCCGCAAACUCCCGCUUACUUCUAGGUCCUCUUCCUUCCUUGUUCUUGCCAGUACUGGAGCCAGCCACUGUGAGUUCGGCAGUUUGAAUACUCCUUUGGACCCCAAGUCCUCCGUUGGUAAGCAUCUAAGUAGAGUUUUGCAAAAUUAUAGACACCUCUUUCAUGUUUCUGUUGAGGAUGAGUUGAAGCUCUUGGCUGAUCACCGUGAUGCUGCUCUUCAUCGUAUGCUGAUUUCUGCUCAUUCUGAUGAAGCCUUGCUUCAUAGGAGGAUUGCACAAUUGAAGGAACACGAGUGCCAAAUAGCAGUUCAAGAUGUCAUGUACAUGCUCAUUUUCUAUAGAUUUUCUGAAAUCAGAGUUAAUUUGGUACCCAAGCUCUCUAGAUGUGUAUAUAAUGGAAGACUAGAAAUUUUGCCAUGCAAAGACUGGGAACUGGAGUCCAUUUACGAGUUAGAGGUUCUUGGGAUGAUUAAAGAACACAUAACCACAGUGAUUGGUUUGAGAGCAGAUUCGAGUGUCACGGACAACUGGGCUAUGACUAACAUUAGACAAGCACAUCUGGGCCGUGUUUACGUGGCCUCCAUCUUAUAUGGCUACUUCUUGAAGUCUGCUAUAUUGAGGCAUCACUUGGAGCAAAAACUAGCCAUACCUAACACACACCGUAAUGGUGGUCAUCCGAAAACUUUCCUCCAGUUCCCUGAGAUGUGUCUUUAUGGAUUUAGAAAUCUUCUCUCCGGUCGCCUUAGUAACAUGCUAUCAGUGCCUCACAACCAAGUGUUGAGCAGCAGCCAGGAGACGGAGCCAGAGAAGUUAAAGCGUUUCUUGACAGGAUUUGAUUCCGAGGCAUUGCAGAGAUGUGCAAAGCUGAAAUCUAAGGAAGCCUUGAAUCUGAUUGAGAACCAUAGUUACGCAUUGCUGGGAAAUGAGGAAGUCGGUUUUUUCGAGAACAAUGAGGUGAUAGUGACUUCAUUCUCAAGCUUGAAGAGAUUGGUAUUAGAGGCUGUUGCUUUUGGCUCUUUCCUUUGGGAUGCAGAGGAGUAUGUUGACACCAUUUAUAAGCUUAAGGAGAACUAAUCCAGUAAGGUAUUUUCGUAGAUAUAAUAACGCUUUCUCUGUAUAUAGGAUGAGUUAAAGACACGUUUUCCAGGAAAAAUUCACCAUUUGUAUAUAAUAUCUAUAUAUAUAAUUUCCUAUGAAUCUGAGAUUGUGAGUUCUUUUAAGUAAUUGUUACACAUGAAUGCUUGAGUUAUU